UUCAAUUCAUGAUGGUGUCAGUCUGGAGACUGGAAGAAAGCUACUAGUACUGUAGGUUGAAGUUGUAAUUUUAAAGCUUUGUUUUUAAUUUAUUUAUACCUAUUUAUUAUAUUACGUAAUAACACAUUAAGUUCAGCGCACACAUUUUGCUUUCGUUCAUCAUUUCUCGGCAUUCGAAAUCUCAGUAGAAACUUUGCAAAGUGAAGGGAUGUUCCAGGUGGACCAGGUUGCAGUGCCUCACUGACCCAGGGAAGCCCCAAGGCCCAGGGACGGCCAGGAGAGUCAAGCCCCACCCAGGGAGAAGACCUACAGGGAGAGAGGAGCCCCAAGCCUCAGGGAGACAGCCUGGCCUGCAGGGAGAGAGGAGCCCCAAGCCCCAGGGAGAAGGCCUGGCCUGCAGGGGCAGGGAGAUGGGCUCAGAGGAGAGGAGUUCAGCCAUGUCUCACAAGAUCUCUUCCCCCUCACACAGCAACAGCAGCUCCUCCUCCAAACACGACAGCCGACAGGACAGUUGGGAGAUUGUAGAGGGGUUGCGUGGAGGACACAGUAAUGUCCAGGAGCCCCAGAAGCAAGAUGGGUACAUGCUGAAGAGGAGAAAGUGGCCGAUGAAGGGAUGGCACAAGAGAUACUUCUACUUGGACAAGGGCAUCCUGAAGUAUGCCAAGUGUAGUGCUGACAUUGAGAAGGGGAAGCUACAUGGCUGCAUUGAUGUGGGUCUCUCUGUCAUGGCCAUUAAGAAGACAGCCCAGUGCAUCGAUCUGGAUGCAGAGGAAAACAUCUAUCACCUGAAGAUCAAUUCUCAGGAGCUGUUUGAUGAAUGGGUGUCUAAGCUACGCCACCAUCGGCUCUACCGUCAGAAUGAAAUUGCCAUGUACCCCCAGGAGAAGGCUUACUACUACCCCCACUUCCCCCCUCCGGGGUCCCCCAGUAUGGCUGAGAGAACGCGGAGUGUGUCUCUAGCCAGGCAGGCUUCGGUCCAUGCUGCAGGCAGCUUCCCUGUGACCUCUACCAGCCAAGCCAAGGUGGCUGCCUGGCUGCAGUCCUCAGGCGACAUGGACAAGUGCUGUAAAGACCUGUCAGUGUGUGAGUCCUACCUGUUGGAGCUGAACCAUCUGCUACAGAGUAUGGAGGUCAUCCACCGCACCUACUCAGCUCCAACCAUCAACGCACUACUGCAGGCUUCUACAUUUGACACCCCCAAAAAGGAAAAAAGGCCCCCAAGAAAAUGGCGUGGUUCUAAAAACUACGGCACAGAUGCCAAAACAACACUGCAGAUUCCCAGCUGCAUCUCUUCUGGCUCCGUCCGUCUCCACGCCUCCAACCCCAACCUCUCCGCUGCAGCCCUGGGGAAUGCGAAGGCCUACCCUGAACCUCCCUAUAUGGACUCUCCUAUAGACGUAGCCAAACUACAGGAGGACUUCUGCCGCGUCGCUAACAACCUGCAUGCCACCAUGAAGUCAGCCCUGAGCUCUCUCACCUCUGAGAAAGAAAGGUUAAAACAGGUGCUGGACCACCAAGACACAUGCCCCCCUACCUCCCCUGGGAUUAUGGGUCUGAAGAACGCUCUGUCCUCGGCUAUAGCCCAGAACUCUGAACUGAGAGAGCGGCUGAGCAACAUUCACGCUGAGUCCCGCUGCGUCCCAGAACCCUCCACUGGGCUCAUAAACCUCUCUGGCCCCCUGCAGAAGCAAGACUCCACAGAUGGAUCCCACCCCCUAGUUCACCAGGCGUCCAAUGAGAGCAGAGCGUCCAUCACAGAGUCUCUGUCGGAGUUCUUCGAUGCUCAGGAGGUUCUACUGUCCGCCAGCUCCUCGGAAAACGAGGCCUCUGAUGAUGACUCAUACAUCAGUGACAACGUCAGCGACAACAUCUCCAUGGACAACUUCAGCAACGAGACGGAGAGACCUAUCUCGGGCUGUGAAGAGAACGGGACCCUUCUGAGAAGACGCAGGUCGUGCCUCCCCUCAGCCAGCCCUAACACCAGUAACAUCAGUCUAUGGAACAUCCUUAAGAACAACAUAGGGAAAGACCUCUCCAAGGUGGCUAUGCCUGUUCAGCUGAACGAGCCCCUCAACACCCUGCAGAGACUGUGUGAGGAGCUGGAGUACAGCGAGCUGCUGGACAAAGCUGCUAACACACAGGACCCCUUUGAACGCAUGGUGUACAUAGCCACAUUUGCAGUUUCGGGGUACGCGUCCAGCUACCACCGAGCGGGAGGGAAGCCCUUCAACCCAGUCCUGGGGGAGACCUACGAGUGUGACCGCCCCGAAAAGGGCCUCCGAUUUGUAGCAGAACAGGUCAGCCAUCACCCACCUAUAUCAGCAUGCCAUGCUGACUCUAAAAACUACAUAUUCUGGCAAGACAUGAGGUGGAAAAACAAGUUCUGGGGGAAGUCUAUGGAGAUAGUUCCUGUUGGCAUCACCAAUGUGAUUCUGCCAGGGUUUGGUGACCACUAUGAGUGGAACAAGGUAACGUCCUGCAUCCACAACAUCCUGAGUGGCCAGCGCUGGAUAGAACACUAUGGAGAGAUCUCUAUCAGGAACACCAGCACUGAUAUCUGCCAGUGUAAGGUCACCUUCAUUAAGGCCAAGUACUGGAACUCAAGUGUGAACGAGGUGGAAGGCACCAUCACAGACCACAAGGGGAAGGUCAUCCACAGACUGUUUGGGAAGUGGAACGAGGGGGUGUACUGUGGAGACCCACCCUCCGCCACCUGCAUCUGGAGAGCAAAUGCCAUGCCGGCUGACCAUGAGCAGUACUACGGCUUCACUAAGUUUGCUAUGGAGCUCAAUGAACUGGACCCUUCACUGAAACUACUGCUGCCUCCCACAGACACCCGGCUACGGCUCGACCAGAGGCUGCUAGAGGAGGGCAACGUAGAGGCAGCAGAGGAGCAGAAACAGACGAUAGAACAGCAGCAGAGAGACAGACGCAGAGUCCUGGAUGAAAACAGCAUGACACAUGAACCCAGAUUCUUCAGGAAAUCAAAGGACGACACCUGGGUUAGCAACAACACUUACUGGGACCUGAGGAGGGAUCCAGGCUUUGCCCACCUGGACUGUCCUGUGUUGUGGUGACCUGAGGAGGGAACCAGGCUAUCCCCACCUGGACUGUCCUGUAUUGUGGUGACCUGAGGAGGGAACCAGGCUAUCCCCACCUGAACUGU